CCACUCUUCCCACCCAAGUUACGAAUAUAGUUUGGCUUGACCGAUUUUAGAUAGCAAUAGCAACUGCAACCUCAAGGCGAAGCUUCCAAAGCUUCAAUCCCACCCAUUCCUCGUUCUUCCCAGGUCAAAAUCCACUUCAUUACCAUAGUUUCUUCUCAACUUACUGCGUACAACCCUGGAUCUCGAGGUUGCCCAUUUGCGUUAUUCAUCGUCUGCACGCCAAUACUUCCCGUCUCUAUAGAAAAUAGAGGCGACCCUCAAACUCAAGAUAAUUCAUCAAAAUGGAUUAUCGAUCGCCUUCUCGAGAUCGUUACGAGUCGCGCUCCCCGACGCCUAAAUCGCGUUAUUCACGCUCGCCUUCGCCAGUUCGCCACCGUCGGUCCCCUAUCAGAUCGCCAACACCAGUCUCUCGCCGUAAUGGCAGACUUCGUAGCGAGAGCAGGAGUCCGAGCCGUGGCCGAGAUGACAGGGGUAGGAGUGAGAGCCCGUUGAGAGGAAGUACCAAGAUUGUGGUUGAGAAGUUGACCAAGACCAUCAAUGAGGAACAUCUGCAUGAGAUCUUCGGCCAGUACGGUCCUAUCCGAGACCUGGACAUGCCUGUGAAUAGACAAUUCAAUACGAACCGUGGAACCGCGUACAUUCUCUACAUUCACGAGGCAGAUGCCGAGGCUGCUAUUGCUCACAUGCACGAAGCCGUCCUCGAUGGCACGGUAAUCAAUGUGUCCAUCGUGCUCCCCCGACGCAAGUUUUCGCCUUCUCCCCCGACCGCGACACGAGGCGCCAACAUUGACCCUCGCCAUCCUGCGCCCGGUCCCAGAGUUGGCGGCAGAGCUGGCGCCGGCACCGGUAGUACUACCAGCGGUGGAAGAGGAGCGGGAUUUGGCGGGGGGAGACAACCGCGUUCUCCCCGUUACGGUCGCUCCGGCCGCGACAACUUCGACACUUACCGUCCGCGUUCCUAUUCGAGAUCCCGAUCCCCUCCUCACCGUCGUAACCGAAGUCCGUCCGGCUCGUACGGUUCUAGAUCUCGAUCUCCCCCGCGACGACGAGGCGGAAGGAAGGAAAGCUACAACGGCCAUGAUGAUGAUCGACGUCGUAGUCCCAGCUAUGACAGUUUCCGAGGUCGCAGCCGUUCUCGCAGUCGUGGAAGAGGAUACCGUUAGGUUGGGACAACAUAGGCCGCGUUGUAUGUCGACGGGCGUUUAUCGAGCACGAGAUACCUUGACAUGUGAUGGGGAAGCUUCUCGUAUACGGUUGAAGUCAAAGCAGUCCGUGAUGGAAUGAUGGGCUACCAAUUUGGUAGUAGUAUGUUUGCUCUGUCCUAUUAUGCCGUUUCGGAUCGGAUGCUCAUGAUCCAUUUAGCACAUACAUCGAUAUCGAUGGCAAUCACAUUGCACUCGCGUGCAUAGAUGACCCCCUGGGUUGGUUUUCAGCUGAAUCGCCUUACAAAUUCAUCAGUUGGAAUGUCAAAAAGUUUCCCCGGUGCCUUGUUCCAUAAUAUCCAUCUCAUCUUAUCCUAUUCGUCUGCGCCGCUCAGAUCCUCGUAGAACCACUAUGAAAUCCCAUAUUUUCGACGCGAGCUCCACGUUGUCUCCAUCGCUAUUCCAACCUCAAAGACUUAAAUUUCCAAUCACGAAUCCUGGGGAUUGGGUGGUUGGUUAUAAAUCCUUUCUUGCAUUGCAUAAU